AUGAAGAAGAAUGCCUACAUGCGUUUCUCGAGGAGCUUGACGUCUCCCUACACGCCACCAGCUGUGCUGGAGGCGUAUGAUCGAUGCAAAGAUGCCAAUGGCAAAGUGAAUCGCCACAGAGUCAACGAGCUGUUCAAGCAGUUCAUGGAUUGCAACGAGCAAUGGGGGGAGUCGGAGUUGGUUCUGACUGCAGAGGCCCGCACCGCGCAAAGGAGCACCGUCCAGAGGCGUUGGAUGCUUCGCUCGGACCGGGUUCUAUAA